AUGGAGACUAUAAACUCAAUGGCAAGCACCGCGGCCAAGGCCAUCUGGGGAGACAACAACAACAAUAACGACAACACCAACACUACCACUACUACCAACGACAACGCCAAGACGCGCACAGAAACCAUGAACAACGAAACAAAGGGAACAGAGCCUGUUUCGGGCAAGCUGGGAGACACCUCCGCUGGGGAGCCUUUCGAUGCUGGUAACAUAGAAUCUGGAGCAACCAACACCACGACCUCUACCGCCCCCAGCACCGCGCAAGCCGGAAGCGAGAGCACCUCGUCCGGGUUGCCUGCCACCACCUCGACAGAUACCACCGCGGCUGGAAGUAAGGACUCCACCGCACAAUCCGGGGCCAAGGGCCCGACGGCAGACCACCCAUCCACCACCGGCAACACAGGUUUCAAGGCGCCCCAAGCCGAUAUCAGGGAUCCAGAUUCAGCAACUGCGGACCCCAAGAAGGAGGCCGAGCGCAAGAACGUCGACAACAGCGGCGGCGUUGACACCUCCGAGAACCCUACUAAGGUCGAGGGGCCCGGCCCCAAGCCCAUUGAGGAGGUGGCCAAGUCACACGGCGGUGACGCCGGGUCCGCGUCGAAAGAGUCCUCGGGGGCAGGUGGCGCCGACGAGGAUGGCCCGGGCGCCAAGAGCAAGGGCGAGGGCACGGGAGAGCAGUACGUGAAGAGCUCUGGUCUGGCCGCCGACGGUGGUGACUUUGAUGCGACGAAGCCAGGCGCUGGCCGCGAGGCUGACCGACUCCUGGAGGAGAAGGGCAUGACCACUCAGUCAGCCGCCGCCGCCGCUUCUAGCAAGAAGACCGAGGAAGACAAGGCUGAGAAGACACCUGAUUCCCCAGACUCCAAGAAGGAGAAGGCAAGCCUGAAGGAUAAGAUCAAGGCCAAGCUCCACAAGAACUAG